CAAAAUUUAGGUAAUUUUUAAACGUUGGAUUUAUUCAGUAUGGCUGAACGUGGAGGUUUUCGAGGUGGAUUUGGGAGUGGCGAGCGGAGUGGAAGGGGAAAUCGUGGUGGAGGUGGUGAACGAAGUCGUGGUCGUGGUCGAGGUCGGGGAGGACGUGGUGGAAGAAGUGGAAAGGAGGGUGAUAAAGAAUGGGUUCCAGUAACAAAGUUAGGACGUUUGGUCAAAGAUCGAAAAAUCACUUCUCUCGAGGAAAUUUACCUGAACUCAUUACCAAUCAAAGAAUAUGAGAUUAUUGACAUGUUGUUGUCUAAUUUAAAGGAUGAAGUACUGAAAAUAAUGCCAGUGCAGAAACAAACUCGUGCUGGACAACGUACACGCUUUAAGGCUUUCGUUGCUAUUGGAGACCACAACGGACAUGUAGGCUUGGGAGUAAAGUGUUCAAAAGAAGUUGCGACAGCUAUUCGUGGUGCAAUCAUUGCCGCAAAGUUAUCGGUCAUCCCAGUACGGCGUGGAUAUUGGGGUAACAAGAUCGGCCAGCCGCAUACCGUCCCUUGCAAGGUCACUGGAAAAUGUGGUUCAGUGCUGGUGCGCCUUAUUCCUGCUCCUAGAGGCACUGGUAUUGUGUCAGCACCUGUGCCAAAAAAACUGCUUCAGAUGGCUGGCGUAGAGGACUGCUACACGUCUGCUGUUGGACAAACUGCUACGCUGGGCAAUUUUGCAAAAGCAACCUAUGCAGCGAUUCAGCGUACUUAUUCAUACCUAACACCUGAUUUGUGGAAGGAGCAAUCUUUAGAGAAGACUCCAUAUCAGCGUUAUUGGGAGUUCCUUGCGCAAAGCGCGCCUGUUCGAGUUUGAUAAAGACAUCGUGUUUUUUUAUGUUGCUUGUUGAAAGGUUGUCAUGUAUAUGUCAUCAUAUCGUUGUAUUCCUUCUGGAUGCCACCUUGUUAGUGUUCAGGGAAUAAAUUAUGAUUUUGAUAAAUUUAUAUUCAGAAAAGUGAAUUCUGCACAUUGUGCGCAUACAAUUAAAAGAAUUAGAAUCAUCU